AUGAGCUCCUUUCUUACGACUGUCAACAACCGGACGAAGAACCAGUUCCGACCCCGAGUGCCCGGUAAAGGUGGAGCUACGAGCUACCAGCUUCGCCAGUAUGCGGAGGCCACACUGGGCGGAGGGAGCCUGCGCAAGGUGGUGAAGCUCCCCGAGGGCGAGGACGAGAACGAGUGGUUGGCCGUCAACAUGGUGGAUUUCUACAACCAGAUCAAUCUCCUCUAUGGCGCCAUCACCGAGUUCUGCUCUCCCCAAUCGUGCCCGGAGAUGAAGGCCACGGACGAAUUUGAAUAUCUGUGGCAGGACUCGGAGAACUACAAGCGGCCGACCAAGAUGCCCGCGCCGGCGUACAUCGAGCAGUUAAUGUCAUGGGUUCAAGGCAAUAUUGACAACGAGGCGGUUCUUCCCAGUCGUAUCGGUGUACCGUUCCCCAAGUCAUUUCCGGCCCUAGUGCGCCAGAUUUUCAAGCGCAUGUACCGCGUCUAUGCCCACAUCUACUGCCACCACUACCCCGUUAUCCGCGAGCUAGGUCUCGAGCCACACCUCAACACCAGCUUCAAGCAGUAUGUGCUCUUCAUCGACGAGCACAACCUCGCCAGCGGGAAGGACUAUUGGGGCCCAUUGGGCGAUCUGGUGGACAGCAUGCUGCGUAGCGACUAA